UAUACUCAGUCUUUUAUCUCAGAAGUUGAAGUUUCCCCCAGAGGCAGCUGCGAAGUUCCCAGAACACUAGGAUCCCCACAGCCAGUUAACUACAGAGUGUGCUGCCCUGAAUCCAUACCACAAAGCACGGAAGUCUAGGGCUGGUGCCGGAGAAAGACAAUGGAAGCCACCCAAUUCAGAUACCCACUUCUCUUACUUCUUCUCACCUGUGGACUGGCCCCAGAAGUUGUUGCAGAAGUUGAAGAGUCAUCAGGUGAUCCCAGUGCUGCCCAGGAGCCAGUGCAGCUCACAGAUGUCCCAGCUGCCAUGGAAUUCAUCGCUGCCGUUGAGGUGGCCAUCAUAGGCUUCUUCCAGGAUCUAGAAAUACCAAUAGUGUCUGUAUUCCACAGCAUGGUGCAACAAUUCCCAGAUGUGUCCUUUGGCAUCAGCAAUGACUCUGAGGUUCUCGCCCACUACAACGUCAGUGGGAACGCCAUCUCCCUCUUUCGCCUGGUGGAUAAUGAACAACUGAAGUUAGAAGGUGAAGAGAUUGAAAACAUGGAUGCCACCAAAUUAAGCCGUUUCAUUAUGAGCAACAGCCUCCGCUUCGUGACAGAGUACAACCCCAUGACAGUGUUAGGCCUAUUUAAUGCCAUGGUUGAGAUUCACCUUCUUCUGAUGAUGAACAAGGCUUCCCCGGAGUAUGAAGAGAGCAUGCGUCAUUACCAGGAGGCAGCCAAGCUCUUCCGGGGGAAGGUUCUCUUUGUUCUGGUGGACAGUGGUGUAAAGGAAAAUGGAAAUGUGAUAUCAUAUUUCAGACUAAAGAUGUCUCAGCUGCCAGCUUUGGCUAUUUACCGAACUCUGGACGAUAAGUGGGAUACCCUGCCCAUAGCGGAAGUUACAGUAGAUCAGGUGCAAAACUUCUGUGAUGGAUUCCUGAAAGGGAAACUGUUGGAAGAAAGUCAUAAAUCAGAAGAAAAGACUCCAAAGGAAGAACUCUGACUUCUCCCUGAUGUUUCUGCUUAUUACUACAUAUCUGCUUUAUGUUGAAUAAAAAAGGGGAAAUUCAAGCC